CAUUUGGCGGGAAAGUUAUCACGUGCAAUCUUUUUGGAACAACAAAUACAGACCAGUAGAAGUACAAACGUGAUUAUUCAGAAAGUUCAAAAUGCGCCACAAACGUGGUACAUACAGCGAUGAAAGGAGGUUUUAUGGAAAUGAUAGAAGAGAAAGCAGGGUUGACUAUCGAGAGCAGGGCAGAUUCCAUGACUAUCAUUUAUACAGGAACAGAGAUGCAGGUUACAAUCACCAUGAAAGUAGAUAUAUCCAUGAACCCAGACAUUCAGAAAGGACUGCAGAAUUUGAACAAUUAAAUAGGAAUCUGAGAGAAAGAACUGAGAAUGCAGAAACGCUUUCAAGUGCAAAUGUAUCUGGAGCUUCGUUCAAAGAGUAUUUGGAGAAGAAAUACAGUGACACUGCAGUGAGUGCCAGUGAAACAGAUCAAGUACAGAUUGCAGUAAGCGAUAGAAUUUCCAAUACAAGUUUGAACAAUCUGAAUAUUGUGAAUAGAGUACCUGAUAAUAAAGCAGGAAAUGUUACGUUUCAAAAUCAAAAGACUGUUUUAGAAAACAGAUCUGGGAGAGAACCUGUUAGACACUUUGUCCCUAGAAGUGGUAGUGGUAGUGUUAGAAAUGACAAAUUACCUGAUCAGCCUUGGUUAAACAACAGAAGAAUUUCCAGUCCAAGACUGAGAAGUGCUUACCAUGAUUACCCUGAUAACACAUCUUUUCAAUAUCAAAGAAGUGAUCCUAACCAGAAAUCAGAUUUGGACUGGAACAGAAAUGAGUCAAACAAUUACUGGGAUUUGAGAAGGAACCAUGGUAAACUUGAAUCACCUGGUAUUGCUACUUCUGUCCCCCAGAAAUAUAAUGAUUUUUAUAACGAGCCAAGACAUGAAGCUGAUUUGGUAAAACAAAGCCUGUGGGCUCAUCCUGUAGGUAAAUUAGAAAACAGACCUGUAUAUAAAAGCAGUAUUGUGCCUUCGCAUAAACUUCAUGGUGCACAAGACCAAGUCAGUAUAAAUAGACCAGACUUUACAAAACCAAGACCAUGUGAGCCUGUUUCAGAUACAAAUGCAUGUGUCAGAAACACUUUAUAUAGAAAUUCGAGUAUGACUUUUACCAGUAGUGAACAGUUGCGCAUGCCUCUUUAUGCAGACAACAACACCUUUAGAGAGCAAGGGCAACCAGUAAUGAGGAGAGAGGUUCUGCCAUAUAACCACCCCAGGCUUGGACCACCAACUAUCUUAAAACAGAACGAUGAGAGAUCACAGGGUAGUAAUGGUCCUGAAAUAUUUCCAGAUGCAAGGCAAGAGUCACAGGUUUUACCUCCUCGAAUGCCCGUGUACACAACACCAUCUCACUUACCAGAUGACCAGUUUAGACCCGUUCAUCUGUCAGAAGCUAUAAACUGCUUAUCUAGUGGUAACAAAGGUCCUAGAAUACUUUACACCCAGCAGUCCACUGAGAAUAUCUCUGUAUCACUACCUAGAGAUGAUGUUCUGCAACCUGUUCAGUAUAAUAUUGGUACAAAAAUAACUGUACCUCGAGCUCAAGGUGGAAUAAAACAAGAUGUGACUAUGAUACCACUACCACCCCCACCCCCACCCCCACCCCCACCCCCUCCCCCUCCCCCUCCUCCACCUCCACCAAGUUGUUCAGUUAUGCAGCAGUUUCCCUGUCAGAUGCCAUCAAUACCUAGUGCACCACUACCAUGUAGACAGUCAGUAGUAGAAGCUGAAUCACAAAAGCAGAGUUUCGGUGAAACUUCAGAUAACCAGGUUUCCUCAACCUCUGAACUGGAGCAGAUAUCCUCAGCGUCUGAUGAACAAAAAUGCUCUGAGGAGAUUAAGUCACUUGGUGCAGAUGAACAAAAACACUCUAAGGAGAUAAAGUCAAAUGAUGCAGAUGAACAAGAACAAUCAAAGAAAAAAGAAUCACUUGGAGUAGAUGAAGAAAUGAAGUCAGUCUGUGCAAAUAAACUAAGUCUGGAAGAGAAAAGAAAGUCACUUGAUGCUCAGGAUGAAGUUAAAAAAAAAUUACAAAAAUUUCUUAUAGGAAAAUCAAAGGAAAACAAACUUUCAACAAGAGGGGCAAAAGAUUUUAGGAAGUCUGGUAAUGAAGAAGAUAGGUACAUAGAAUACCAUUCUGAUGAAAAAAGCUGUAAAACUGUUAACAAUACCAUAUCAAACCAAAAUGACUUUGUGGAAUAUUUUGAUGAAAAUAGGGUGAGAAAACAAACUGAUGGAUUUGAAAGAACGGACAUGCAUUAUAGAGAUAUAAAUAGCAGAGACAAAAGUGAAACAGAUGGAAAUGUUGAAGAUGGAGCAUUGGUUAGUGAAAAUAAUAGUGGAAAACAGACAGCAAAAUAUAAUCCUGAUAAGCAAUACCAGCAACAAGAAGUUCCAUCUUCCUAUAACCAGGACAGGGUAGGGCAACAGCAGAUUGAUCAACAUUUCACCAAAAACUUUACAAAACAGUUCAGAGCAGACAUUCCUGUCCACAGGCCUUGGCAAGUAGAUGAUAGAAAAGACAGGCAAGUGAAUAUGUUUGAUAGUGACUUCAGUGGUAACUACAGGGAUAAAGAUUAUACAUCAUUUGAACCAUUUUACAGACAAAAACCAUAUUCCAGACGCAAUGAGAGGCCAUAUGCCAGACAGAACGAGAGGCGAAGAUUAUCUGGCCUGGGAAUACAUACAUAUCCAUCUCGUUUAGAUUAUCCAAGAGAGAGACACAAUUUUUCCACCCUAGGAUAUUUCAGGCCUUGGGAGAAACCUAGAACAAGGUGGGAUAGAAUAACUGAUAGUAGAAAUUCAAAUGUUGAAGACAAAUCCUCUAAGUUUGCACAUGUAACAUCUUUCUACAGAUCAGAUCUGUUUCCAGAUCAAACAGGUGAAGAUUUUUGGCACGAUGAUUACAGUGUGACUAGAGAUGAGACAAAAAAGCAGUUUAAUAGCACAGAAGGAAGUAAAUAUAAGAAUACUAAGAAUGGUUGGAAACAGGUUAGAGAAAAGGCAGUUGUUGAUAAUAGUAGUCUGAAUAUUAGUGAUUCUUGUCAACAAGAAGGAAAUGCCAGUCAACAGGAAUUUAUUCAAGAGGGAAUGAAGGAGGUCUUGUUUGAUAGAAAACCAAGUAUGAUGGAAUUUGUUAAGGUGAGUGGAAGCGAAGCAGGACACACACACUGCCAGAUGGAAAAUGAAAGUGACAUGAAAGAGGUUAAACCAUCAGACCCAGAAAUAUUAGGUAAGAAUCCUGCUGAUGGUUCAUGUGAUUCAUUUGCAAAGAAGAGACAAGAUAGAUACAACCGUGGACAUUCAUAUCAUGAAAUAGUGGCAGUGAAAAAUAGAAAUGAUCAGGACAAAAAAGUUCGAAACAGUGUUUGUGCUGAUAAAUCAAAAGUGCACGUAUCUGCAGAAGGUGUAGCAAAUAAAGAUAAUCAUGAAUCAAAAAGUGUUCAAAUUUUAAAUAACAAAGCUUCGUUCGGGUCCUUAAAAUCUUUUGAGUCAUUGAAACCACCUAGUACGGUUGCUAUGCCCAUACUUACAAUAUUAGGGAGUGCGAUUUCAAAAGUGAAUUCUAAAAGGAAUUUGUCAAAAAUUGCCAAACCAGACAUUUCAUUGGAAAAUACUUUAUUAAAAUCAGAAGACAAAAUAAGCCAUUCAAAGCUAGGGUCAUACAAGAUACCACAUUUAAAAAGGAAUAAAGAAGAUUCUAAAAAGAACCUGGGGUUAAAGGUGAUUUCAGUAGAAAAGAAUGUAGAUAAUGGUCUUGGAAGUAAAGACCAAAAGAAUAAACAUAUUACAGUAGACAAGUUAAAGUCAAAAAGUAGCCAUAAGAACAAGAAAAGGUGUGAAAAACAGAUAGGUAGACAUAGAGUUGAGAAGGAUAGAAAGAAAAGGAAACACUUAGCAGUUAAAUCUGAAAAAGAACACAAAGCACCUGUAAAUUUGAAAAGUUUACAUCCAAAAUUGAGACAUAAAAUUGGCUCAUCAAGUAUUGAUUCAAAAGAAAAAGAACUGAGAGUUGUUGUGGAAAAAUAUAAGAUUGAGUGCAAAUCUGGUGAUAAAUUUGGAGUUACUUCCUCCAAAAACAUUAAAAGUAAUGUCUCACACAUAAAAAAUGAAACCCAAGUAGAGAUACUGAAGCGAAAACCAUCAUCCUUAAUGCGAGGCAAAUUUGUUCUUUCCACACCAAACACAUUUGAAGUAAAGGAGACAAAAAGAUCAAAAGUGAAAGAGAAAACUUCAGAUAACUCAAAUAGUGGAAACAGUACCUCUGUUGAGGGUCUAGACAAAGCCCUAUUCUCUGCUAAGAAAUAUUUAUUAUAUAGAGCUUUGGCAGUUAAUGCAUUAACCAGAGAUAAAACAAAGCCUUUAGUUGAAAAAAAGCCAGGUAAAAGAAAAUCUUCCAUCACAACAAAUAUGGCUAAACAAGAACUUGAACAUUUAAAAGAAAUACUUUCUCCAGACAUUGAGAAAUAUGCAGUUGAAAAAGAUGAAAACAAUAAUGAGAAAAAAGAUGAAAACAGUAUUGACAUCGAAAAAAGUGAGACACUUGAAGGUGCCUGUGAAAACAAUGUUGUGAAGUUAGAUCUUCCUACUACAGAAUAUAAGCCACAGAGAACAGUCAUUGGGAACUAUGCAACACAGUGUUUGUUUGGUCCGAUUGUAUCUUCAACAUAUUACAAAGCCCCAGGUAAAGCUAGAGUAAUCAGAAAUUCAAAAGAAACCUUCGCAGGCUAUACUAAAUGCCCUGAAGAUUUUGGUCUGAAGGAGGUAGCUUCGACCAAUUUGGACAUGAACAAGACCAUUGACGGAGAAAAUAAUGGGGUUGCCAGUACAUUGCAUAAUGACCUAGCAAAAAGAACACCCAUGUCAGAUACUUCUCCUAUGAUAGAUGUGGUAACUGUGAGCUGCAGUGUAUCACCUAGUGCUUCAGUAGGGUUGACCAAAGGACUUUCAACACAUAACUCACAGCUAGAUGUAUUACAAUGUGUUGAUAAAAAUGUAUUUCAUAGCAAAGAAAAUGAUUCAGGACAACAUUUGAAAGAAGGUCCAAGUGAAGCUACGAGUCCAGUUUCAGAUUUCGAAACAUGCAAAAAACAGAUCAUAGGUCAUACUUAUGAUGAUACAAGUAAAGCAGUAGAAACAGAAAGGUGUAGACUUGAGCAACAACAACCGUGGGUACUGCAGACUUUUGUAGAUCCAUUUCCUCAAUCUUCCAGCAGUAUAAUGUCUACAUCAGAGCGGUUUGAAAUGCACAAGAAAUACUUACAAGCAAAGCAGGAGAUAACAGCUUCAUGCCAGAAUAACAUAGAGUUGAAUUCGGAUCCAAUAUCUGUUCUGCCAUCUUUACUGCCUACAUUCCCAGUUACUACACUGUCUGCUUCAAGCUGCUGCAACAGUAUCCCUGAUCCUAUCACUGUUGGUAUGAAUUCUCCUGCAUCAGCUACAGAAAAAUUACCUGAGAAUUCAGCAAUAGAGAUUGAACCUGUUGCUGAAACUGAAAAUAGCUAUGUUGGUGCUAGCUGCUGUGGUGACUUGCAGUAUGAACCAUCUAAUGAGGAAUUUGAAAUGUACAGAGACUAUCAGUUACAAAGAGUUGCAACAUACGCUGACAGUGAAGGACAAAAAUCUCCAUAUUGUGGAAUACAGGGUUAUCCUAAAUGGAAAGACGACACUGAAAAACUAGAGAAUGUAGAAUGUGCACUUAACAAUGAAGAAUUUGAAAACAGUCCAUGGAGAACAGAAAAGAAUGAAACACAGGGAUUGUGCAUUUCUGAUGGAACUUUAUCAGAAUCUAGCACUUCCUUCGCGGUUGAUGCAAAUACUGACAAGCGCGGUUCCAGAAAUCUUUAUGAUUCAUUGUCCUUCGAGGAUAAGAACUUGUCUAAUCUGGUGUCUCGUGAGUAUCCUGAAGGAAGAGAUGAGAUACAGCAGAAACCUAGUUGUGAUGUUAUUAACAUAGACCAAGAGCUAAAGAACACAUCAAAGGACAUUUUUGAAGAUUUUGUAACCGAUAUUCUUACUGAUGCAGAACUGAUUUCAAGUAUACCAAUUAACCCUCCAGAUAUCACAAGGGAAGGCAGUUUGAUUAAUCUUUCUGAGGAGUUUCAAAAUAAUAGCACUGUUGGAGGUAAUCAUUUGCAGCAUUCUUCGCCUCAGAUUCCAACAUUGUCUCCCAAAACAGCACUGACUGAAAUACAAAAUGAUAUAGACUUUGAAAAUCCUGUUAUUAAAGAAGAACACAAUAGUGUUUUUAAAUCUGCCAGAGCUCCUAUUCAUCUGGGAACAAGUAGAAAACCAAGAUUUGAAAAGCGAUUUCCUAAUCCCUUGCCACGGGCAAAGCCACAGAAAACAAUAAGCACAGAAAGGGAGCUUUAUGAAGCAGCUGAGAGAUUUCUUGGAGACUUUGAUCACAGCAACAAAAGAUCGUGUUGUAAGGAAAAAUUUGAGUUACUGAUAAAUCCAGUUACUGGAAAAAUGGAGUCGGUCAAAGUUAUCAAAGAUGAAGAACAUGAGAAGGAAGUCAUUAAAAACGAGAAUACUGAAACUUUUGAUAAGAAUAACAGUACAAAUACAAAUUCUGAUAGUACACAAUUAGACAAACCUUUCGAUGUAAAUGACACUCAAACAAAGACAAUGUCUGUAAAAUUGAAAACCAUAGAUUCUAAUGUAUCAAUAGUUACUCGCCAGCAAUUGGCUAUGAAGAAACUUAUUCUUAGAUCAAAGGACCAGAAGUUGAGAACAAGGUCAAAGGUAAAUUAUGCUAACAAAAACAAACCUGAUAACCCACAUGCUUCUGGCAAAGAUACAGAUCAAUCAAAAACAAAGAAGACACAAGAAAAAAGAAUACCCAGUAUCAGGCUUAAAAGCGUUAAACAACCUAAUGGCAACUGUAAAACUACCAUAGGAAAGUGGCAAAAUGUAACGGAUGAAAGAAGAAAGACUGUUAAAGAAAAAUGGCAAAACGACAUGCCAAAUCCUGGUACAGAUGAAAAAAAUAAGUCUGUCAAACAAAAACAACACAAAGAUUCUCCAAAAUCCGGUACAGAUGAAAAAAAUAAGAACGCUACAGAAAAACAACAAAAAGUCGCUCCAGAAUCUUUACUAAAAGGGAAAAUUAAGAAUAACAAAGAUAAACACCAAAAAGACUCGCUGAAAAGUGUACACAAGGUAAAAAAUAAGAACGCUACAGAAACUCGUCAAAAAGACUCCCCAAAUUACGUUGAAAACAAAGGAAAGAUCAAAGCUAACAAAGACUCUACAAAGCGUAUUCCAGAUGGCAGUAAACCAAAUAGAUCACAUGAUUAUAAUUCACUGAAAGAAGAUAACAUGGAACAGCGUGUUAAGGAUAUCUUGUAUAAGCAGUUGUGUAAAUUGUGCAAAUUCUCGUGUGACAGUAUAAAGAAGCUGAAGGUACACUAUAGUCAAAAGCAUGUCAACUGGUGUCUGCUGUGUAGAAAACAAUUCAAAGAUCAGGACUCUUGUCGGUACCAUAUCAGUCAAAGCCAUAAUGCUGCAGUGUGGUGUGAAGUGUGCGGCUCCACCUUUUGUCAUAAAGCUAGCUAUGAUCGCCAUCUUAAAUCUCAUGUCCAUCAGGAAAACUUAAAAUGGGUUGAAUUUGUAAAGAGAAGAGGAGAGAAGGGGAAGACUAAUCUGAAGGAAACUGUCCUGAUUAGUGAUGAUGAUGGAAGUGCUGUAGAAAUAAUUGAAGAACUGUCUAAAGAUGGUUAUAAAACGAAUAGAACAGAAGACACUGUUGAUGGAACAGUUGGACAGAAAGAAUGCAAGACGAAGAAUGUUAAAGGACCACAUGUAAACUCUGAAACUUCAAGGAAACGCAAGCACUCUGAGAUUAUUGAAACAUCAGAAGAUGACGUAGACAAAAAGAAAGCGACUCGUAUAGAAUACUGCAAUGUUUGCAGACAGUAUUACAAAAAGAUGUUCGCUCAUAUAAAAACCAAAAAGCAUAAGGAUAUGUAUAAAGAGUGGCGUGCAUUGAAAGAUAGCACAAAUAAUGCUGAGAAUGGUGUACAGGCAGCGACAUUGGAUGAUUCUGACCGUGACAUGUUCAUUCAUAUAGAUGAUGACACUGUAGAUGAGGAUGAUGUGGAUACAGUUGAAACAUUGUCUCCCAGCUCUGGUAAAUCGGUUGUGAUUGUGUCAGACCAUGAUUGCAGUUUUGAGUAUGAAUCUGAUGAUUGUAAAGCUGUAAUUGCAGAUGAAGAUAAUUCAAUGUUUACCAGGCAUGGAUGUGAUUUACAGUUUGAGCUCUCUGAAAGCAAUUUACCUGAUACACCUCAACCUGAAGCUAGUAUUGGCCUGUGUUUAGAAAGUGAUGUAGCUAAUGUCCCUCAGUCUGGAGAAUCAGAUGAAACUGUAAAGGUAGAAAGGUUUGAUAGUAAAAUGGAUGAAGUCAAUGUUGAUGUGAAUAGGGAUGGUGAAAACACACCAGUACCUGUUAUAGUGUCAACCUGUCGCCAACAGGUCUGUAGUCCAACUCUUCUUGUUAAAAAUAUUGCAGCAGAUCUCAUGUGUAAAACAGAUUUAAAAGAUGUGCGGCAAAACAUCUUUGAUUGCAUGUCUUCUGAACAGAAAUAUGGUAAUGAAUCUGAUAGACAGUAUGAUGAAAAUGAUGAGGACAUCGGUAAAGAGGUUGAUAGAAAAGGUGACAUGAGUGAGAAUGGUACAAUAAUAUCUUGUGUGAUGGAAGACAUGAAUGAUGAUUCAGAAAUGGAGCUAGUGAAGAAUAUUAUUGAUGGCCAAGCAGAGGAUAGUAGUAAAGAAGCAACUAAAAGUGUUGCUGAGGUUGUUCCUAGUCAGUACGUACAUGUAGAAAUGAAUACAUUCAAAGAUAUGUCUGAGGAAAUAGCCGAUGUCACAGAUGCAUCAAAUAUAACUGGAUAUGAAGUGACAGAAAACCCUGAUUAUGACCUGAAUGCGGAUGUAGAGAGGGUAUAGUUAA